AUGGUCGGCGUCGUGAUAUAUCCCUCCUUGACGGGCACGGCCGAUCUGUCGAGGGUCGAAGCGCCAGUGACGUUUAAGGCCUACCUGCUCUGCGCUUUUGCCGCCUAUGGCGGAAUAUGUGAGCCGAGUCUACUCACCCUGUGGCUUACCUCCGGAUCCUACUGUGCUAACAACCUCGCCGAUCGGCGUCAACCCGACCGAGUUCGCCCUGCCGUCGUCGACCAAGUGGUGCUCUUCGUCAUGGGCCGCCUGGUCUCGGGGCUGGGCGUGGGUUUCAUCUCUGCCACCAUCCUCUUGUACAUGGCCGAGGUGGCACCGAAACGGUUUCGAGCCGAAUCGCCUCGCUUCCACGUCAUGAAGGGCAAGAUCAACGCGGCGGCAAGGGACCUCUCGCUGGUGCGCGGCCAGCCGCUCGACUCGGACUACAUCAAGGACGAGCUCGCCGAGAUUGUCGCCAACCACGAGUACGAAAUGCAGGUCAUCCCGCAGACGAGCUACAUCGGAUCGUGGAUGGCCUGCUUCCCAGGGGGUCCUUGUCCAAAGGCAACGGCAACCUCCGGCGGCACCAUCUGGGGACCGGCAUCCCAAAUGAUGCAACAACUCACCGGCACAUGGGGCGGCGGCCGCUCCUCAACUGGGGCGCGGUGGGCAUGA